AUGUAUAUUAAAAUGAAAAUACUUAAAACUUUGUUAUCAUUAAAUUACUUUGCAAAUAUACGAUAUAAUUUAUCAACUUAUAAAAAAUUAUUUAUUGAAAAUGGUUGUUUAAAAAAGAAUAUAUGUGAAACUGAUAAUAAAAAAAAAUAUUAUAUAAUUAAUAAAAAGGAUAUUUGUACUAACGUUAUAAUAAUACCAUUAUAUAAAGAUAAUUAUUCAUACAUUUUUUAUGACAAUAAAGAAGAAGGGGUAGCAGUAGACCCAAGUAAUUAUAAAAUAAUUAAUGAAAUAUCAGAAAAGGAAAAUAUCAAAAUAAAAAAUAUUCUUUGUACACAUAAGCAUUAUGAUCACAAUAGUGGAAACUUCUUUUAUUUUAAUAAAAAAAUAAAUGUUUAUGGUAUUAAAGAAAAUGAUAAUGAAUAUAUAAAUAAAAACCUUAAUAAUAUUAGUAAUUUUGAAAUAAAUAAUUUUAAAAUAACUACAUUUAUAUCUAAUUUUCACUGUAAAAAUCAUAUUUCUUAUUUAAUUGAAAAUUCGAGAAAUAAAUUAAAAAAAAUUUUUUUUACUGGCGAUUUUUUAUUUAUAUGCGGAAUUGGAAGAAACUUCGAAUCUAAUAAUAAUGAUUUAUAUAAUUCUAUAAAUAAUUUAAAUAAUUUAGAUAAAAAAAAUACCUACAUUUUUUGUGGUCAUGAAUAUACACUUGAUAAUAUAAAAUUUGCUUUGAGCGUUGAUUCAUUUAAUAAUAAUUUAAAAUCCUUUUAUGAAAAAGUGAAAAAAGAUUGUAACACUCCUACAGUUCCUUCUUUGUUAGAAGAAGAAUUUUUAUAUAACCCUUUUUUGAGGUAUAACGAUGAAAAUAUAAAAAAGUCUAUUAAAAAUUAUGCUAUGAAAAACAAUUAUGUAAUUAAAAAAAAUAGUGAUUAUCUCAUUCUUUUAAGAAUAAUGAAGGAUAAUUUUAAAUUAACAUAA